UUAGUCAAAUACUCCACUUUCUUUUAUCCAAACCAAGAAUUCUCAGCUCCCUCAUUUCUUCAUUUCUGAAAUCAUUAUGAAUUCUUCAACAAGUUCAAGUGAUCAAUACCACAAGUUUUCAUCUUCAUAUGGCGACGAAACUCCGCCGCCGCAGACCGGUGUUCCGGUCAGCUCUAAAGGCCAGUUGUACGUGGAGUCCGUCGAUCCGCCGCUGGCCAUGUAUCGGAAAAAGAGGAAUCAUGUUCCAUGGUCAACUGGUUUAUGUGACUGUAUGUCCGACCCCAAGAAUUGUUGCGUAACUUUCUGGUGUCCAUGCAUCACUUUUGGACAGAUAGCUGAGAUCAUUGACAAGGGUUCUAAUUCUUGUGGAAUAAGUGGAGCACUAUACGCAAUAAUAAUAUGUGUGACUGGUUGUCCAUGUUUUUACUCUUGUUUCUAUCGUUCCAAGAUGAGACAACAAUACUUAUUGAAAGAAAGCCCUUGUGGUGAUUGCUUGGUCCACUGUUUCUGUGAAGCUUGUGCCUUAUGUCAAGAGUAUCGAGAGCUCAAAAAUCGUGGAGUUGAUAUGUCCAUUGGUUGGCAUGGAAAUGUGGAGAGGCAAAAUCGUGGACUGAUUAUGCCACCAACAGUUGAAGGAGGAAUGAGUAGAUAGAGGAAUGUGAAAUGCCAGAGAGGGUUCAAUAGGGAUUUGUAAUCUAAUAUAUUAAGUGAAUAUUAUAGGGAAGGGAUUGUGAGUGCUAAGAUUUGUAAUAUAAUGUUGUACAUGUUUAUUAAUGCUAGUGACUUUGUGACAUACUUUGUAUUCAAUUGCAAUUACUAAAUCUUUACAGCGUGUAUUAUAUA